AUGGCCUUUGCUGCGACAGCACUUUGCGGCAGCGGAGAGAGCUCGAGGAGAAGGCAGCAACUACUAACGUCGCCUCUUGCAGCGCUUCGGCCUCAACAAUCCGGGGAUUCACGCCACGCUUGGCGAACCGACACCCCCGUCGUCGUCGUGCAUCUCCUCGCCUCUUGGAUGAGAUUGCGUCCAACGUUUCCCAAGCGCAAAUUGCCACCUUGAUGCGGUGGAAUGGCCACCGUGCCGCCUGGGCCUAGUAGCGCACUGCCUGCAUCCCCGGCUGAAAGUCCACCUUUCCCCGAGGACAGAGGGCCGCGUCGCCCCGGGGAGGAGGAGGUCGUGUCCGGCGGCGUGGGGAGGGCCAAGCCGCUGCCUGUCUGCGAAGCCAAGCAGUCGGUCAAGAAGAAGCAGGCGAGCAUGCUAGCGCGACCUAGCCAGCCGGCGCUACACCUCCAAGCCGGGGAGCAGCAGCAGGUCAACGGCUUGGCGAGUCCCAUCCAGGAGCCGGACUGCCACUCUUUUCAACCGAGCCAGCCUGACGACCUGAGACCGUUCGUGGACAACAGUGACAGCGACGGGAACGACGUGGAGAACUGCCAACAUGAAGGCCCCCUCUCUAAAAACGGCAGCCAUUCGCCGCUGGCUAGCAACAGCAUGAACGGCAUGUCGGACCCGUCAAGAACUCGGGCGGUCCGUAACCUUACCGGCGACGACUUGGACCACACAGAGACGGAACCACAGCCGCCCGCAGCCGAGCUGGCCCGGCUGAAGCUGAGCGGCUCGGAGGAGAGCCACGACAUUUGUUAUGUGCGCUACGAGUCCGAGCUGCAGAUGCCGUGGAUCAUGAGACUGAUCACCAAGGACUUGUCUGAGCCUUAUUCCAUUUACACUUACAGGUACUUCAUCCACAACUGGCCGCAGCUCUGCUUCCUGGCCAUGGUGGAGCAGGAGUGUGUGGGCGCCAUUGUGUGUAAGCUCGACUUGCACAAGAAGAUGUUUCGACGCGGGUACAUCGCCAUGUUGGCCGUCGACUCUAAACACAGAAGGAAAAGCAUCGGUACUAAUCUGGUGAAGAAGGCCAUCUACGCCAUGGUGGAGGGCGACUGUGACGAGGUGGUUUUGGAGACGGAGAUCACCAACAAAUCGGCCCUGAAGCUCUACGAGAACUUAGGGUUUGUGAGGGACAAGCGGCUCUUCAGAUACUACCUUAACGGCGUGGACGCGCUGAGGCUCAAACUGUGGCUCCGCUGAAGAGGGAGGAGAUGAGGACGGGAGACUCUAGAGAAGGGGAAGGAGGAGGGAGGAGGUGACGGGACGAGAGAGACGACAAGACGUGCUGUUCAUCUCUUUACACACACACACACACACACACACACACACACAAACAUGCAACAGUAUGCAGAUAUGUAUGCAUACACACACAAUCACACAUUAUUCUUAACCUUGAACACGUUUCAAGACGAACCCUCCAGAUGUUUCCAUGAAGGGCCCACCCUCCUCCUCCUCCUCUGUCAGCUCUUUUUAAAAGAGGAAAGAGUUGGGGGGAUGACCUUUUUUUUUUUUUUUACUUUCAAACUCCAUAGGAGGGAACACCAAGCGACGCCACGCUGGACGGACACUCAAGACAAACUUGCAGGAAAAAAAACAGUAGGCAGCAAGACGCAGAAACUUAAAUGUGGACUUUAUUUUUGUGUUUCUUUUUUUUUAAAGCCUUGGAGGAGGUAUCAACUGCAUACAGUAUGAGAGUGUGUGUGUGUGUGUGUGCGCGCGUGUGUUUUUUUGAGUGAAAGUUUUGCAUUCUCCAAAUGUGUCCACAUGGCGGCGCUGUGUCAGCCAGACACCACAGCUUCUCAAGGACUAAAGCCUGUAAAGCUGCGCAUGCGUUUAUUUUCUAGUGUAAGUGUGUGUGCUGAUGACAACCAGUGUGAACUGAAUCACUCUACUAUCACCUCAAUUGUCACCAUCAAUUUUAGUUUAUUUUUUAUUAACCUCAGAUGUUCAAAAGCAGUCAGUACUAACUUCUUAUUUUCCUACAUAAAAGUUCAAAACUUUCCUAAUGCACUGCCAAUCCCCCCUCUUCCUCCCCCCCAAAAAAGAAAAGUGUAUGCGUGUGCAAGACAAUGCCAACUAGAAAGAUACUCAGUACAACAAAGACCUGCGCCAAGGCCAAACAGUUAAAAUUUGGCUACAACUGUCAAUUGUUGUCAAAAAGUAGUUACUCUUUGACAAUAAGUCACUUCCAGCCUAGGGGCACCACUGCAGCCCUCAGAGUGCAGCAGUUUGGCCUUGCCUGCCAUUGAAUAUCUCCCAAAUUGUGCCGGAUCCCUUUCUCUGUGAUUAUGUCAGCGCUAAAGCAAUUCUUAGCAGAUUGUGUUUGAGUUUGAGCAGUGCACGCAACCUCACUUUGUGCACCUUUGCUACCAAGGUGUUGUUAGGUCCCAAGCCACGACACUACAUGCGAUAAAGAACUGCCUUUUUGUUGUUUUGCUCGGGGAAAGAAAGAACAAAGUUAAGAUGCACUUGCUUGGAAAUUGCUGCUGCUGCUGUGUGUGUGUGUGUGUGUGUGUGUGUGUGUGUGUGUGUGUGUGUGUGUGUGUGUGCCCUACUUUCACCGUUUGCUGUUUGAGUUCAUUCCAAUGUUUUUUUUUCUCUCUUUGACUUAAAGGAUCUGCACAGGAAAAACAAUUCGGACAAAGGAGUAGCGGCCAUGCUGAAAAGAAACUUUGACAGUUAUUACAAGAAUAAAGUCAAACAUUUUCUCGCUACUCCACAACUUUUUAAGACGCCUUAAUUCAUGGUAUAAUUAAUCUCGUAACUUCCAAACAUUUAUUCUGAGGUAACGUUUUCUCACAUGGGUACGACUUCCAAAUACAUUUGUUUGAAAGUUUUUCUUAGGAAAGCGUUAAGCCAUAGGCAGCACGGUGGGGAGGGGUUAGUGCAUCUGCCUCACAAUACAAAGGUCCUGAGUUGUCCUGGGUUCAAUGCCGGGCUCGGGAUCUUUCUGUGUGGAGUUUGCAUGUUCUCCCCGUGACUGCUUGGGUUCCCUCCGGGUACCCCGGCUUCCUCCCACCUCCAAAGACAUGCACCUGGGGAUAGGUUGAUUGGCAACACUAAAAAAAUUGGCCCUAAUGUGUGAAUGUGAGUGUGAAUGUUAUCUGUCUAUCUGUGUUGGCCCUGCGAUGAGGUGGCGACUUGUCCAGGGUGUACCCCGCCUACCGCCCGAAUGCAGCUGAGAUAGGCUCCAGCGACCCCAAAAGGGACAAUCGGUAGUAUACGGAUGGAUGGACGGAUGGAUGGAUGGAUGGAUGGAUGGAUGGAUGGACGUUAAGCCAUUGAAAUAUCUUCAGGCCAUUGAAUCGGGCGCAACGUGACUUUUAAGGUUGGGUUGUCCUACAUGCUGUGCCUCCACUGAGAGGGCUUUAUUCAUUCAUUUAUCGAACAACUCCAGUCUGAGGUCAUGGUGCAGGAUCCCAAGUAUGUAUACUCUAAAGGCGGAAAAAAUUCCCAGUAAAGUCAUUCUCAUGUUAUACCACAGUAGAGCAAAAACCUUGUCUGAGCAUGUCCCCGCUUUUAUAGGAUAAAGACUUUGGCUCCUGCACCAUGGCCUCAGACUAGAUCUGUCCCAUGUGAGGUUUAACUGAAGAGGCCUGCUCAGAUAAAGGGGUAGGAGGUCUUGUCGGACAACUCAACAGUCCAGCUACGUUCGAUUCAGUUCCCUGAAAAUACAAUAACCUGGAUAAAUGAGACUGUAACGUUUCCACUUUAACUUCCAAAUAUUACGAUGUUUUCCUAAAAACUAGGUAUUCUCAGAAUGUAUUUAAAUUUUCGUUUUCUAAUUCUACUUUUCGUUGCAACGCUUCUCUUAGAAAUACAAAAAGACCUGGAAAAAAAACCUAUUGAAACAUUAAAAAAAAUGUUCUUAUAACAAUAUGACUUUUCUUUUAAUACCCGUUUAUUUCUUAAAAAAUAUGACUUUUCACAUUACUAUUUUUUAUUUUACAUAUAUUUUUCUUUUCAGUAUUGCCGUAGUGCUCCAUCCCCUUGGAAGUGUGCAAUUUAGUUGAAAAAUAUGCAAAUGGUGCCUGCAGAAAUCUGCUGCAAGACACAUUUGAUGUUAGAAAAGCCAGGGGGAAAAGACUUUGCCACUUUUCUUAAAAUAAGUUUGAUUCUUGCUUGUUUCAUGAAAGUAACAUCUCAACAUGUUUCCCACAUCCUGUGUUUGCCCGACGACGUGGGACAACAUCAACUCACGCAACUAUUUUGAGGUUCUUUCAAAAUCUUAAUCUCAUAAUGUCGGAAUUUACAUAACUGACGAAUCGUGUGACGAGAGAGGACAUAUCGCACUUUUAUUUUGACAGGGAUUAUUUGUUUUUACCCUACAAACCCAGCCUGAGGACCCUUCUGAUUCCCAGACAAGCGUCCAGUACAAAUCGACUCUUUAGUGAACAAGGCAGUGCUGCCAUCUUUCAAAGGCUUUACGGCCUGGCCGCAUUCAACUGAAGGGCUUCGUCUUCUGUUUUUGGUUUGUCGUUAAAAAGGCCCAAUUUUUUGGAACGAGAUGACCACUCACACAUAGGGCACCAUCUUGGAAGUCCUUCUUUGUGCCAUCACUCUUCCUCUUUCUCCUUUUCCUGGCUCUUUGUAGCUCCGCCUCAUCUACCAAAAGCAAAAUCAAUAUUUGUAUGUUUUAUUUUUCUUCUGCAUGUCUGACUUGUGUGUGUUUCCACACCCCAGCUUCUUCUCCCCGCUUCCCAUCCCUCUCGAUUUGAAUCUGGAAAUGUCAGAGAUAGCUUUUAUUUAAUGUGGAGAGGAAGCAAACAAAAAAGAACACAGAAAUAAAUUAUUUGAUUUUUUUAAUGCUGUAAA